AGAAUUACAAUGGCCCUGAAAGUGUUAGGUCCCCUGUCUAUUAUCCUUCUGCUUCUUCCUUACGUUGCUAAUGCUGUCUCCUCCUGUGGAGAAUCAUGUAACACUCUCGACGAUUGCAGUGGUAAUCUCAUCUGCAUCAAUGGAAACUGCAAUGACGACCCUGAUGUUGGCUCACACGAAUGCUCCGGCAGUGGCGGUGGCGGAGGAUGCAGUCCUGCCGGCAACCUCCAGUGUGGGGACAACACCUAUACCACAUAUACUUGCUCUCCUCGGGUCACUUCUUCUACAGCUGCCAAACUUACAAACAACGAUUUUAGUGAGGGUGGUGAUGGUGGAAGUCCUUCAGAAUGUGAUGGGAACUUCCAUGACAACUCCGAACGUGUCGUCGCUCUUUCCACAGGAUGGUAUGCCGGUGGUAGUCGUUGUGGGAAGAUGAUAAGUAUAACUGCCAAGAAUGGAAAGACCACAACUGCUAAGGUUGUGGACGAGUGUGACUCAAUGAACGGCUGUGACGACGAGCAUGCUGGCCAACCUCCAUGUCAUAACAAUAUAGUUGAUGCUUCUGAUGCUGUGUGGAAAGCUUUGGGGCUUAACAAAGACAUAGGUACGGUACAUGUUACAUGGGCCAUGGCCUAUAUAGUAUGA